AACGUUUGCCAGUUUCGCAAUUGAACCAUGAAUCCUCUCUCCUAGAUGAGGUUGAAUCGUGGUUCAUCAAUACCUUUCUUUUGUCUGGUGCCAAAUCCACAAAGACACAGUCAAUUUUAUCAAGCGAACAGCAAUCCGAUGUAAACUCUUCAUCAAACCAAGGGGGCACUCCUCCACCUAUGUGGUUUGGUGAGCUUGGCAAUGCAUACGAUGACCUUCUGCUCCUCGAAAAUUUUGAUGUCUUUGAAGCACAUGAUGAUGCAGAAUCGUUGUCUGGAGAUGAGUCUCGCGAUGCUUCUGGUCACAGACAAAAUGCCUUUUAUGACUAUGAAGGCGAAGAGGAUGAGGAAGCUCAGAAUGAUUUUCUAAAUUCUGAAAGCUUGUUGACGGAAUUUGAUCAAGCCAAUUCAAUCUUUCAAGGUAUUCUUAUUUUUAUUCUUAACAGGAUGUUUUGGUGA